CGAAACAAAACCAAACAAACCCAGUUUCUCCUACCUCUUACACUUUCGCUAAGGCCAAAGCUUUGGUUUUUAAUGGCGUCCCUGGUUGGCUUUUGAAACAUAAAAACAGAGAGACCCUGUUUGGUUUUUCCGGGAAAAUUGAACUCAAACUGUCACUUUCCCGGGGAAUGGUUUCAGUGCCCAAGUCUCUUCCUUUAUUGCCUUAUCUAAUUGCUGCCUCAUGAUCCCAUUGCCGAAACUGAGAUGAAGAUGGAGAUGGGUUUAGGUGGUGGGGUUUGUAAAGAGGAAGACAUGGCCAUGGUGGCUGCAGUUUUAGGCACUCGGGCUUUUGAUUACUUGAUUUCGAGCUCUGUUUCUUCGAAUGAGAAUUUAUGCAUGGGCAUAGGCACCGAUGAGAGCUUGAACAGCAAGCUUUCAGAUCUUGUGGAGCCUCCAAACGCCUUGAAUUUCAGCUGGAACUAUGCGAUUUUCUGGCAGAUUUCGAGGUCCAAUUCCGGGGAUUGGGUGCUGUGUUGGGGGGAUGGGGCUUGUAGGGAGCCAAAGGAGGGUGAGGAGUCUGAAGCUUCGAGGAAUUUAAGUCUCAGGCUUGAGGAUGAGACCCAGCAGAAAAUGAGGAAGAUAGUGCUGCAGAAGUUGCACACUUUGUCUGGGAGCACAGAUGAGAUGAAUGGUGCUCUUGGGUUGGACCGUGUUACUGAUACAGAGAUGUUCUUGCUUGCAUCUAUGUAUUUUUCGUUUCCAAGAGGUGAAGGUGGCCCGGGCAAGUGUUUGGCAUCUGGGAAGCAGGUGUGGCACUCGGACUUGUUGAAGUCGGGGUUGGAUUAUUGUGUCCGGUCAUUUAUGGCCAAGUCUGCUGGAAUCCAGACCAUUGUUUUAGUCCCAACAGAUAUUGGUGUGGUUGAACUUGGUUCAGUAAGAUGUAUAGCUGAGAAUUUGGAACUGUUGCAGUCAAUAAGGUUAUUAUUUUCGACACAGGCCUCACUAACAAGGGCUAAGCCAAUGGCAGUGUCGCCAGGCAUGAGCAACAAGAGAGAUGAGAUAGCUGGACAUCAAAAUAAUUUAAGCAUUGUGGAGAGAGGAGGGGAAGGAGUUCCCAAAAUUUUUGGCCAAGACUUGAACUCGGGGAACCCUGGGCGCCCUCGGUACAGGGAGAAACUUGCUGUUAGAAAGGUGGAAGAGAGGCCGUGGGAUGCCUAUUCAAAUGGGAACAGGAUUGCAUUUUCCAGUCCUCAAAAUGGAAUUCACGGUUCAAGUUGGGGACAAAGUCAUGUUGGCGUGAAACAAGGGAGUCCAGCUGGGGUCUAUGCUUCACAAGGACCUGUAAAUAAUUUGCAGGAGCUUGCCAAUGGUGGCAGGGAUGAUUUUCGGCUCAAGCCCUAUCAACCGCAAAAGCAGACACCUAUGCAAAUUGACUUUUCUGGGGCUACUUCAAGGCCCUUGGCGGUUGCUCGACCCAUUGUUAUUGAAUCGGAGAAUUCAGAUGCUGAAGCUCCAUUCAAGGAAGAGCUGCCUGGCACAGCUGAAGAGAAGAGGCCACGAAAACGGGGUAGGAAGCCAGCAAAUGGAAGAGAAGAGCCCCUCAAUCAUGUUGAAGCAGAAAGGCAGCGUCGGGAGAAGCUGAACCAGCGUUUCUACGCUUUACGAGCUGUUGUGCCAAACAUAUCCAAGAUGGACAAAGCAUCCUUGUUGGGAGAUGCCAUUGAAUAUAUCCAGGAUCUGCAGAGAAAGCUUAAGGAUAUGGAAUCCGAGAGGGAGAGUGCAGGAGGCACUUCAAGAGAUACCUCAGCUUUGGUAGCUAACCCAAGUUCAGAAAAUCAAAUCCAGGCUCACCAGGUCGACAUUCAAGCUGGGCAAGACGAGGUUAUUGUAAGGGUGAGCUGCCCUAUAGAUUCACAUCCUGCAUCAAGAGUCAUCCAAGCAUUUAAAGAAGCACAGAUCAGUGUUGUUGAGUCGAAAUUCACUGCAGCAAACGAUUCUGUGUUUCAUACAUUUGUUGUCAAGUCUCAAGGAUCUGAACAAUUGACGAAGGAGAAGUUGAUUGCAGCAUUUUCCAAGGAAUCCAACUCCUUACAAUCGUUGUCAUCAGUUGGUUAGUACUGAGAAUUGCAAUUAACAUAGUCCAUAGGUAUUAUUGUAGUGAAGGGCCCAAUGAAGUUUCUUUAAGAGGUUUUGAUAUACCGCAGGUAUCCUAAAAGGAAUAGCAUUGCUAGCUAGAAGUAGAAACUACCUUAAUGACCAAGUAGUGAGCAAAUUUUCUGUGAUUAUUUUAUAGCAUACAUAGUUGGUCGUAAGUAUUCUUGCAAAGCCAAUUACAUUUCUAAGCUUAACCAACUAUAAAAUUGUUGGUUGACAAGAAGCUGAUAGAUUUCUUUUGAUUUUCCAAU